AUGAGCCAGGCGAGCAACACCGAAGGGGUUUGGCUGGACAGAGAUCAGAAUGUCAUGACCGAUGCUGCACAGGAAGUGACCUUACUGAGGACCCAAAUACAGGAAGUGAUAUCAGAGAGAGAUGAGCUGAGAAAUCAACUGAGUGUCCUGAACAGCUCAUUGCUGGAACAGUCUGAGUGUGUGCAGAAACUGCGGACAUACAUUGGCAGCCACAUCACAGAGAAAAAGGAAGAGGAAGAGCUUAGACGACAAAUACAGCAUUUAAAGAAGGAAAAGGAAGCACUGUCUUUAUCAGUCCAGCUGCUGAAUGUUCAAGUUAACGCAGCCAAUGACAUUUGGGCAAUUCAGGAGAAAGAGCUAGGUGAACAGGUGCAGACUGACCCAUUGUACUCUGGCAGUAAAGCUGGGCAAAUGUUGAGUGUUUGGAGACAAAAGGUCUUCAUGCUGCUUGUUAAAUUGCAGACCAGAGAUUUACAACUUCACACAGAGAAAACACAACUGCAUAACAUGGUUACCUCUCUGCAGCAGCAAGUAGAGCGUUUGCAGUCGCAGAACAGUGUCCUUCAGCACCAACUAGAGGACAAAACGGCCCAGUUGAAGUUACAGCAUGUACACGCAGAGGGAGUACAGCAGCGGUUGGACAGUGCUCUACAGGAGAAUGCUCAGCUGAAAGAGUGCAAUAAGUGUACUGAGGGAUCACUGAAUGAUAUCAGUGAAACAGCACACAGAGUGAUGUCAGCCAUAGAAAUGAAGGCAGGUCAGAUGGAAGCAGUUCAGUCCAGUGUAAGUCAGCUGAACCAGAGACUCGCCUUCGCUGCCAAACGUCUGGACACAGUACAUGGGCUGCUGUUAAGGAAAGAAGCUCUUUGGAGAAACAAGAAAGCUACUAGAUCUCCAGAGCCAGCAGUGUCAGAGAGGUUUAUUAAGAGUCUCCAGGCUGAGGUGGUGUUGUUGAGCGCAGAGAGAGACAAACUCGCACAGAAACUCAAACGCACACCAGAGCUCAUCCAGGCCUCCCUGUCAGAACUCCAGCAGCAGCGAGAGAGAGAGCUGGGACACCUGAGGGAAGCUCUAUCACAAAGCAGGGAGGAGUUGGAGGCAUCAGAAUCGAGUCGAAUGGAGAUGCAGAGACAAUGUGAAGAGCAUGAGGGGACCAUUGUGGAGCUCCGUGCUGAGGCCCAGAGACUACAGCAGCAGUGUGACUCAGUGGUUCAGGAACAGGGUUUGAUGAAUGAAUAUAAAAGACUGAGAAGAUCAGCAAUUCAGACAACUGAGGCCCUGAAACAAAAGCAUCAUCCUCAGUCCGAGAGCAGCAAUCCUCCAACACCUAAAAGUCUGCUGGGGGCACUGCAGGCUCUUAGUGCCGCAGUGAUGGGCAGCUCAGAGGAAGAAGAUGAUGAGGAGGGUCAGGCCUUCACCGUGACACAAACACCCUCUUGUGCUGACACACAUAAAGAAUAGUGCGGAACACACCAAUCAAUUCUUUCUCACACACUCGCUGUCUGUCCAACCCCUCUCAUGGGGUUUGAUGUCUGUUUUAUAAUUUAAUAAAAGAGAUUUUUGUCAAAUUAGACCUGUAGAUCUUUUAGUUAAUCUCAGAUGGUUUGCAAAAUUCUGUCAGUGCCUUUACAUCAGUUAGUAUUGGUUUGUGUUUCAGAUUUAGUGGCAACUAUCCCAUAUCCUUGAGAGCAGAUGAAUACAACGGAAAUGAGAAGCUGCCAUUGGUCAAUAAAAAUAAUCCAGUGUGAGUCACUGAAACCUCCUGCCAUUUUAUAGCAAAAAGUGCUUUGUUAUUUAGCAGGCCCUUUUUUCCAG